CCGAGCCGGAACGGCGCGGCGACCGCGCUGGGCUACUACGGCAGCCAGCACUGUAUAAAACCCAGCCGCCACCGCCCGCCCAUCGCCCACAACCCAGUCGCGCCGCGAGACCCAGCGCGCCCCCCUCCCCUCCCCGAAUGGAGCAGCCGCACCAAGCUGCUGCUGCUGCGGCGGCGGCGGCCGCGGAGCGGACCAUGGCGCUGUACGACGCCUGCUGGUUCCGCCGCCUCGUGCUGCUCCCGCCCCCGGCCCCCGCGGCGCCGGCACCUCAGCGCGAGGCGGAGCGCCGGGUGCCCUCGUCGAGCCCCACGGCCGCCGGCGGCGGGCUGCGGCACCGGCGGACGCGGAGCCACGAGGCCACCGCGGCCGCGUUCCAGGGACUGGAGCCGCUCCGGCUCCCCGACAGCGGCAACCGCGCGCGGCUCGAGACCAUCCUCUCGGGCAAGGACGGCCUCGCCGCGGCCGCGCUGCCGGAGCGGAGGCGGCUUGCCGGGGGCGGGCGGCGCCGGCGCCGGCGCGGGCGGAGCAUGUCGGAGCUGGAGUUCGAGGAGGUCAAGGGCCUGCAGGACCUCGGCUUCACCUUCUCCGACGCCGAGGUGGACGCCGAGCUCGCGUCCAUCGUGCCCGGCCUGCGCCGGAAGCGGUCCGAGGAGGAGAACCGGGCCACCGCGUCGGCUCCCGCGGCGCCGCGGGACGCGCCGUCCCCGCCGGAGGAAGCCGCCGCGCCAGCCGCCCAGGUGACGAGGAGGCCGUACCUCUCGGAGGCGUGGGACGACGACGAGGAGGAGGCGGAGGUCAGGAGGGCGCUGCGGAACUGGCGGAUCCCGCCGCCCGGCGACGGCAACGACCUCAAGGAGCACCUCCGGAUGUGGGCGCACACCGUGGCCUCGGCCGUCCGGUGACGCCCGCCGCCGUGAACGGUGAAGCCCCGUCCCAGGUCUUCCCUUUUUGAUUCAUCCAUAAACACACCAUUAGUGGUUGCCAAGUUUGGUGACAAAAUCAAGUGUAAAUAUUUUCAGCGACGUGCUUGUACAUCAUCAUUUCUUCCGAGUUUGAGCAUCUAUCUAGUGUGUACUAGUCUAGAACCACGAAAGUGGAACUCUUUUGCAACUUGCAAGAAGCAAAAAGGAAAUGAACACGUGAAAAAACUUAUAGGAGAAUGAAAGAAGAUGAUUUCAUC